ACACAAUAAUAUGAAAUGUCGGAGUCAGCAGUUGUGACGAUAAAGAUUUGUUGUUAUAACGGCAUGUUGUACGAUGGAGGCUACAUUACAAAUACAAUAUGGGGAAAUACCACACCGAAACUUCUAAAGACCAUAUUCUGUCCACAGGCGUUGUGUUGAUGUGAAACAUGGAUUCAAACUGGGUGGCUGACACUAAGCGAAUGAAGGCGUUCGAGAUUAUGUGCUACAGGCGAGCGCUGUGAGUCAGUUGUGUAGGUCGUCGAACAAAAGAUUCGGUCCUGGAAGAAAUGGGAAUAGUAAAACGUUGGUGACGAUGAUCAGACGGCGAAAAACUGCUACAUUUUGGCCAUGUUCAUUUCUGUGUUCACAUUCUUUGGACUGGGAGGAAGGAAAACAGAUUCAAAGGCGAUGAAAACGAAAAUAGACUUUAAUAAUUGGAUGGGGAGGAUCCGAGCGGAGUUCACAACUGCAGCAUGAGACUGUAGUGUGUUGCGAGGAAUAGUGGUUGUAUCUGAGCUUUCCGACCCCCAGGACAAAAUCUUCAUCCUUUUUUAUUUUGAUUCGAUAUUCAUUUCUAAUAGAUAACUAAAGCGUAGUCCUUCGCGUAAAAUAUAAGCUUUCAGUGCAUAGGAUUUAAAACUUUGGUCUAUUUGUCCGCAGAAUCCUAUAAUUUCUCUUAUAUCUCCAUCAGUUCUCAGUUUUCCCGUGUCUCAUAAAAUGCAAUACUUUGCCGUUAUUCAGAAGAAGCUAAAUUCAAUUCCAAUUGAGACAGCUAUAUAACUGAGUGAUGAUAACUUAGAGGUAGCCAACGAACAACGAUUGGCAGCUCAAAGAUCGUCCUUUCAAAUGCAUUACAGAUGUUGUGGUAAACGAAGCGAUAGAAAAUGUGAAAGAUGUCCUCUUCAAGAAAUGUUGCGUUAAUUCUCCAAAUGUGUUUUGUUGUUUGUGGAAAAUACACAUGACCUGAAAAUCGAAAAAAACAUCACUGAAUUUGUUGAAAGAGUGUAUAUGGCAUAUUUUGGGGUCAAGCUGGGAGACCAAGAUAAAUAUUGGGCACCAUAGUGUCUGCAAACAAUGUACAGAACAUUUGCGACAAUGGACUAAAGGGACAAGGAAAAGUAUGAGGUUUGCUAUACCAGUGGUAUGGCGGGAGCGCUGUAAUCACGAAGACGACUGCUAUUAUUGUAACCUAAAUUUGAAGGGCAUUAACCGGAAAAAUCGACAAACACUUGUUUAUCCUAAUCUUGCCCCUGCUAUUAGACUUGUUCCACACAGUGAAGAACUUCCUGUUCCUGUCUUCAAUGUCUUGCCUCAGAUAACUUUACCCUCAACCAAAGACGAAUUCAUCGCAUCAAGAUAACACUAGAGAUCAAGACUUCAUUUGAGACUUUACCUCAGUUAUUCUCCCAGGUAGAGCUAAAUGAUUUAGUUUGUGACUUGAACCUCCCAAAAAAUUCUGCAGAACUGUUGGCUUCUCGACUGAAAGAGAAGAAUCUUCUAGAGAAUGGUGUCCGUAUAACCUUCUAUCGGAAGAGUUCCUUUCAUUCUUCGUAAAAGAGGAAGAGCUGGUUUACUGCACAGAUGUCAGUGGGCUUCUUAAUAAAUUUGGCAUUGAGGAAUACAAACCAGAGGAAUGACGUUUUUUAUAGACAGCUCUAAGCGUAGUUUAAAAUGUGUAUUGUUGCACAACGGAAAUGUGUAUGGCUCUGUCCCACUCGGCUACUCAACACCUCUGAAGGAAGAAUAUGAAGAAAUUAAGUUGGUUUUAGAGCAGAUGCUGUAUCAUGAUCAUAUAUGGGCCAUCAGCGUUGAAUUUUCUCAUGGGACAGCAAUCUGGUUAUACCAAAUACCCAGGCUUUCUUUGCAUGUGGGACAGCAGAGACCGAGUAAAUCACUAUGUUAAGAAAGAUUGGCCGCCUCGAACGAAUAUGGCUCCAUGUAGAGCUGCCAGUAUAUUGAAAGAAUCUUUAGUUGAGCUAGAUAAGAUCAUUUACUCCCCUUUGCACAUCAAACUCGGAUUGAUCAAGCAAUUCGUCAAAACUCUUGACAAAAAUGGGGAGUACUUUAAGUAUAUCUGUAGUGUAUUUCCAGACUUGACGACUGGAAAACUUAAAGCAGGGACUUUUGAAGGGCCACAGAUCCGUAAACUUUUGAAGGACACAAAUUUCGUGAAAACGAUGAGCAAAAAUGAAACACCGAUUUCACUAGCCUUUGCAGAAGUAGUGCAAAAUUUCCUUGAGAAACACAAAAGUGAAAACUAUAAAGACCUUGUUACCAACUUGAUAUCAACUAUCCGUGAUAUUGGCGCGAAUAUGAGCAUCAAAAUGCAUUAUUUUUUUAGUCAUAUUGAUCGUUUUCCUGAAAAUCUCGGAGAUGUUAGAGAUGAACAAGGCGAACGAUUCCAUCAGGACAUCAAGGAGAUGGAAACUCGGUACCAAGGACGUUGGGAUGCUGUGAUGAUGGCAGACUAUUGAAGCUGUUUAAACAGAGACACUCCUGUUGAUCAACAUUCACGGUGCACAAGGAAGCGUAAAUUUAUUCCUCGAAUUUUCUGCCAAAAAUCUUUGCCAAUGUGCAUUUUCAAUUUUGAAUUUUUAUUAGUACUUUGUUUUGUUUUGUGUUACGCUCUUUUUAUUGAUUCAUAUUAUAUGCCUCUUGUAUGAAUAAAAUAUUGGGUUGGCAACUAA